AUGAAGUUGCUGAUCUUUCUGCAGUGUUGUGUUCUCCUCUGCAAACUAGCAGCUGGUAAUGAAGGUAAGUUAUUUUAAUUCUCAUCCCUUCUUAAGUGAUCAAACACUGAACCACAGUCUAACACUACUAUUAAUAAGUUAAAAGGUUGCUAGCCUGUUGCAGAAGAUCUUUAUUGGUUUCCGUUGCGUUGCAGGCGUUAUUAAGAUAGCUCGACCCAGUAUUUUUGUAGGUACACCUUUAGCUUCCAUCUUCGAAUCUGUUAAACAAACUUAUUUUCAUUGUAAAAACCAUUAUAACACAUGUAUUACACGUAGACUAAACUUUAUCCUGAUAUUAUUUUUGGGCCAUCGGAAUACAUAUCACGUGACGAUGACGCCACUGACAAUAGUUUAGUUUUUCGUUUUGUGUUUCGAGUUAACUUCAUAGGAAACUCAGGAGUUUAGCCAUGAGGCAAAAGUCGAGUUAUGCCAUUUUUAAAAACUUUAGUACUUCCCUAUAGCUAGAGUGGGUAGCUAUCCGACUCUUAAAGGUGUCUGCGGUUUUGCAUAUCUUAGAUGACUCCUUAUUUAUCGUGCUUAGUCACGACAAACAUUACAAGCCGCAGGCUCGAUUUUCGGGGGAUUGCGACGUUCAGCGUCGCAAUCUUCGCAUAUUUCUGAAGGGCGAGGCGCCAAGUCUAUUGUUUUGAACCAAGGAUUAUAUUACAUCAAAAGACCCUGAGCCUAUCUUAAAGCUGUCAACAAUGUUCGUUUUAUUGAGCAAUCUUUCAUCUUCGACACUUAAUCCAGUUUAUCUUAAGUGGACACCCAACCUAGUUGCUAUUCACGUGCACUUUCGAAAGCAUAAUAUCAAAUAGACUUCAAAAAUUCUGCAUUGGAGCUUCACUCUUCGUCUUUAAUUUUAGCCGACCCACUCAAUAAACAAUAAAUAAGCACAAUAUUACCGAAAAAUAAUUACAACUGAGAACUUGAUGAAUAAACAAUGAAAACAACAACUCAAUUAUCUCUCAGGGAGACCACCGCCAAAGCGGAUACCCGCGAGGUUUGUUCGGUUUCAUCAUAGACGGAAGAAAUUUUUACAACCCUAGUAUAAAUCUGGCCUAAUUGUCACUUGAUCGAAGAGAGAUAUUUACGCAAAAAAAAAAAACUAUCACAGUUCACAAAUGAUUUAGACAUUAUCUUAAUAUUUUACCUUAAACUGUCGAAAUUAAAGUAUUGCCGCCCGCGGACAAAACUAGCUUUUCUCCGGUUUCCGGUGUACAUCAAACACAGGCAUCACGCUGAAUAUUAUCCAGACUGAGAGCCGUAGAUCAGAAAAAAAAUCACAAUGACUAAAUUUCGCUUUUGAAACCAACACCACUCGUCGUAAGAUUGGGCGCAUCGCAUAAGAGCUAAAGACUUGAGAGGGAGAGAAAAUAAAAAUCUACCGAAUUAUAUACACUAACAAAAACAACAACUCUAUAACGACUAGCUAAAACACGAUCGAUUCAAGCUGUGGCUUACUUUAUACUUUAUCACAGCUUCUUAAGAAUGGGCGCGCUGCCUGUAAGCCAUUAGGAAGAGGAGAGAAAAAUCUACCGAAUUAUACAAACUAAAGCAAUGUAAAAAAAGCUGCAUUUACUAGCUAAAACACGAUCGAUUUUAGCUAUGUACUAUUCACUUUAAGAAAAUCUCCCUUCACCUCUUAAACUUGGGCGCGCCGCCUGUAAGCCAAAAGGGAGAGGAGAGAAUAAUCUACUGAUUUACCAAACUAACACAGCGUAUAAAAACUGCAAUUGGCUAGGUAGUAAAACAUGAACGACUCAAACUACGAAUGUUUCAAUCUAAAAAAAUCUCUCUUCACCUCUUAAACUUGGGCGCGCCGCCUGGAAGCCAAGGGGGGAGAGGAAAGAGUAACCAAACUGAUACAGCGUAUGAAAACUGCAAUUGGCUAGCUAGUAAAACAUGGUCUAUUCAGGCUACGAGUUUUUUACCGUUGAAAAAAAUCUCUCGUCACCUCUUAAACUUGGGCGUGCCGCCUGUAAGCUAAGAGGGAGAGGAGAGAAAAAAUUACUGAAUUAUCCAAACUAACAACGCAUGAAAACUGCACUUGGCUAGCUAGCUAAAACAUGACGAUUCAAUCUACGAGUUUUUUACCUUAAAAAAUCUCUCUUCACCUCUUAAACUUGGGCGUGCCGCCUGUAAGCCAAGAGGGAGAGGAGAGAAUAAUCCACUGAAUUAUCCAAACUAACAUAGCGCAUGAAAACUGCAAUUGGCUAGGUAGUAAAACAUGAUCGAUUCAAGCUACGAGUUUUUUACCCUUGAAAAAAAUCUCUCUUCACCUCUUAAACUUGGGCGUGCCGCCUGUAAGCGAAGAGGGAGAGGAGAGAAUUACCUACUGAAUUAUCCGAACUAACACAGCGUAUAAAAACUGCAAUAGGCUAGCUAGUAAAACAUGAUCGACUCAAGCUACGAGUGUUUCAAUUUAAAUAUUUCUCUCUUCACCUCUUAAACUUGGGCGUGCCGCCUGGAAGCCAAGAGGGAGAGGAGAGAGUAACCAAACUAACGCAGCGUAAGAAAACUGCAAUUGGCUAGUUAGUAAAACAUGGUCUAUUCAAGCUACGAGCUUUUUGCCGUUGAAAAAAAUCUCUCGUCACCUCUUAAACUUGGGCGUGCCGCCUGUAAGCCAAGAGGGAGAGGAGAGAAUAAUCCACUGAAUUAUCCAAACUAACAUAGCGCAUGAAAACUGCAAUUGGCUAGGUAGUAAAACAUGAUCGAUUCAAGCUACGAGUUUUUUACUCUUGAAAAAAAUCUCUCUUCACCUCUUAAACUUGGGCGUGCCGCCUGUAAGGUAAGAGGGAGAGGAGAGAAUGACCUACUGAAUUAUCCAAACUAACACAGCGUAUAAAAACUGCAAUAGGCUAGCUAAUAAAACAUGAUCGACUAAAGCUACGAGUGUUUCAAUUUAAAUAAAUCUCUCUUCACCUCUUAAACUUGGGCGUGCCACCUGGAAGCCAAGAGGGAGAGGAGAGAGUAACCAAACUAACACAUCGUAAGAAAACUGCAAUUGGCUAGCUAGUAAAACAUGGUCUAUUCAGGCUACGAGCUUUUUGCCCUUGAAAAAAAUCUCUCGUCACCUCUUAAACUUGGGCGUGCCGCCUGUAAGCUAAGAGGGAGAGGAGAGAAAAAUUUACUGAAUUAUCUAAACUAACACAGCGCAUGAAAACUGUAAUUGGCUAGCUAGCUAAAACAUGACGAUUCAAUCUACGAGUUUUUCCCCCUUUAAAAAUCUCUCUUCACCUCUUAAACUUGGGCGUGCCGCCUGUAAGCUAAGAGGGAGAGGAGAGAAAAAUUUACUGAAUUAUCCAAACUAACAUAGCUCAUAAAGACUGCAAUUGGCUAGAUAGUAAAACAUGAUCGAUUCAAGCUACGAGUUUUUUACCCUUGAAAAAAAUAUCUCUUUACCUCUUAAACUUGGGCGCGUCGCCUGUAAGCUAAGAGGGAGAGGAGAGAAUAACCUACUGAAUUAUCCGAACCGGUAACACAGGAUAUGAAAAUUGCAAUUGGCUAGCUAAAACACGAUCGAUUUCAGGAUCCGAGUUCUUUUUACUUAAAAAAUCUCUCUUCACAAAAUGCGUUCCUAUAAUCCAUUCCUCGAAAUUUGAAUCUGUAUAUCACUUUCGGGGAAAAUCUAACAUCUUGCAGAAAAUACUAAACGAGCUUGGCCCAGCGUGACAUAAAUUGGAGGAAACCAUCACAUUCACGGACAAAAGAAUAUCGCCUUUAGCUAUUCAGAUCCAGGAGGCACUUUGGAGAAGACUAAACAACCUAAAACUCUUAUUUAGCCGCAAAGGAAGAGAUUUACGUUUCAAAAGAGGUCGAAGAAAGUGCUCUUGCAUUAGAGGACAAAUCAUGCCGACCAGAGACAAUAACCGCAGAAAAUCAAUAUGCGUGUCAUGACCUCUCAGUAUGAAACAAGCGGCAAAAUUCACAUUUACUCAUUCAAAGAGUAGAACCCAGAAUAUAAUAUACCCACCAGAGAAAACAAUUUUUGGAACAAGCAGCAUUUUGGCACGAGGUAAAAGUCGUGUGUUGCCUACCAGCCCCCUUUUUACACUCUGUUAGAUGGUUCGAGCAUUUUGGCGGGAUCACGGCUCUUUUGGCGCGUGUUGUAAAUGCCCUUUGAAUUAUAAUAUUUGUGCCUUAUUGUGUAGUGAUCGAGGAUAUACACAAUACCAAAGGCAAGUAAAUAUUUUCCUCUGUUUUCCUCAGUGUCGUCAAACCGGCUUCACCGAUGUGCUCGAACUCCGCAUGCGAGAGCCAUAACAAGCUGCUCCUCUACCUUUUUAAAUAAUAAAGGUCUCUCUUACCUUAUAUCGGCGAACACAGUUUCUGUCCUUCGGACAUAAUGCGAAAUAACAUCCAGAACUCUUCACGUUGAACUUUUGAAACCAUUUCGGCGACAAUAUGUAACUUACCAGGUAACGUACCGAAUAAUUAUUACUUUGGAGGGUUCGAAUUCGACCUUCAUAAAGCGCUAGAUUUUGCCUUUCGCUUAAGAAACCAAAAAAAUAUUUCUUUUUUUCCAAGACUUGCACCAAGACCCUUUUUUAACACCAACCAUGAAUUUAAGUAUUUUCAUUAAGUGAUUUUGACGAGAACCAUAGCUGAGUUAAAAUUUCUCGCUCCGAUGGCAUAAAUUCGGCGCGCAGAAGACAAGCUCUGAUAUUUGACGCAAAUUUGUGUCCUGUCCUAAAAUGAGUUUAUUGACAGAUGAACUGACAGAAAGCGAUUAAUGUGAACACCUGAGGUGCGCAAGGAAAUGUGUCAAGACUAACGCCUUGUAGUUACUUGAGUCCAGUUUGUGGGUAUCUCCAUGGAAAUUAAGGAUCCCUGGUGCGUGCACGAAAAUCGACCUUGCGGCUCGUAAUGGAAAAGCCGAUCUUUGUAUUUUUUUUUUAAUAUGUGCACGUGAAAACGUUACGGUUCCCACACCACUCUACAGUUUGCACAAAUCGAAUUAGUUUUUGUAAGGCAAGAAGCCUUCAGAAAAGAUUCACAAAUUAGCCCAUCAAUUGCGCAGAAAAGAUCAGUCACCUCGCGAGAACUACAGUCGUUAAUUAGCCCGUUAAACUUUUGUUGGUCCGUGGUCACUCCAGGACGAGCCUAUUUGCGACGCAUCGAUCUUACCGCAGGCGUUACACGCCCCUACCAUCACGUCCGCCGUUUAAACACCUAAGAUAAACAUGCUACAGUUUUAAGAUAGUUUUAACAGAAUUUUUUUUUUCUGUCAGAGCUAUGGGACACUUUAUCGACUUUCGAAUUAUAUACAGAUGCCGUUGCAUCAAAGGGUUACGGAGCGAUAUUUGGAAAGCACUGGGUUUUAUGGCCCUUUUCCUAUAGCAUAUGGCACUGCCUUUUAAAAUAAAACUUUACUCGAGCCUUUUUAUUACUCUGGCGCUACAUAUUUGGGACCCACCAUGGCAAAUGGUUGCGUCUUGUUUUUCACUGACAAUGCGGCCCUUGUAGAUAUUAUAAACAAACGAACUUCAAAAACAUUAACAGGUCAUGAUUCUUUCUACGUAACCUUGUACUCAGCUGCUAGAUACGGAGGGGGGAGGGGAUAUAUCAUAUUUUUUCGAGCCAGCCGCGUCCCCGACUUAAAGAAGAGUCCUGCAUCUCCCGUUUACAGAUUGAGGGAUUCAAGGAACUCUCGCCGGAGGAGGACAACUUUCUAACAGCAGUGCCAACGAGCCUACAGCCGGAAAGUUGGUCACUCACUUGAGAGACUUGCUAUUAGGCUCGGGCUAUUUGGCUACUGCCUCUCGUAGCCCGUACCUUAAAGUGUGGCUGGGAACCAACCCUUCCAUACCAAGGUGACUGCCUUUAUCUCCAAUCUCUCGGCCAAAUAUUUCGCCCCUUCUACGAUGCCUUCUGUCCUCUCCUGUCCUACCCUCCCACGCAGACUUUCUUAGGGGAUUCGUCAUAGAGGGACUUCAACGAGAGCCCCCGAAGUUACUUUUAGGGUAUCGGUAUAAAUAUGGCAAUUAUUUAAGUUACUUGAGCGGCUAAGUCAGAGAACUGAUUCCCCGUUCCUUUCUCCUGGCUUAUUUUCUGUUUAAUUUUGUUUGUUUUGUUUUUAUUUAUUUUCACUGUCCUUUUUUUUUUCUUUUUACUAGCUACAAAAUUUGGUUUUUUAGUCUUACUUCAUUUUAUGACUAGUUCGCUUCACUUACAGUUUAAGCCAGAGAUAUCAAAACGUUUCCUAGCCUCUGCGGCUCGACCGGUAGGUCUUACUGAUAAUGAUAACGACAAACUCCGCAAUGUUUUGCUGUAGACUGAUUCGUUUCCUUACAGGAGAGGGAUGCCGUGAGGCUUUUGGAAUGGAAAACGGAAAGAUUGCUGACGACCAAAUAACUGCUUCCUCAGAAAAGGAAGCCUAUCCAGCCGUUAAUGGAAGAUUACAUUAUACCACUCCACAAGGAAGACCAUUCGGUUGGCAACCUAAAAACAGUAGCUGCAUUGAAUGGCUGCUAGUUGAUCUUCUUCUUGACAACAGCACAAUAACGGGGGUAGCAACACAAGGAUGCAGCAGUCGCACGUCAAAAUCUGUUUUAAGUGUAACCAAAUACGAAUUAGAAUUCAGCAAUGAUAGUAAAGCGUUUUAUGCAGACCAUCGGGUAAGCUUAUUUCGUUUUUCUUUCAAUGAAAUUCCGAAGCUUAUAUAUUUGUCUUUAGAGUUCCACAAAGCUGAAAUACUUUUUGUCUAAACGUCUGAAUUGGGGGACAGAAAAGCUUGUUUUUUAUAUGAUCAAGUAAAUGGUUUUCCAGGGAGAAUUUAGCAUAACAAGAGAAAAGUACAAGUUAUAUUACGUGUAUAUUAAAGGAUGGUUUCAAAGGAAAAGGUUUCAAUUUACAGUAUUCAAAUACUUUAGCAGAAUUUCUCUCUUGAUGCAAUGUUUACAACAGGGGCGGAUCCACGAUUUUUUUUAGGAGGGGGUGCACUCGUCUCUUAAGCUCUACUUCAACACCAAGAAACCACAUUUUUUUUUUUUUGCAGAAUACCAGUUGUAUUAGAAAACCGUAGGUCAUCUAAGGGGGCACCCCUGCACCCUCCCCCUAGAUCCGCCCCUGUACAACUACAGUUUACUUGAAAUCAGGCUGUUUUGUGAACUCAAAAUUUCCUAAAAAGACGAAUUUUUCCCCAGAAAUGAAAGUUUCUUUAUGACUUAAAGAAAAUGAAAGCAAAUCUUUACGAUAAUUCUACAUUUCAAGUAAACAGAACAAACUAAGGAAUACUACAGAGAAACAACGCCUUAUUUCAAGCAACCGUGGCCGCUGUCUCCGCUUUUCUAUAGCCGCCCCCUACCCUCUCUGAUUUUUUUUAUGAGGGGAGGCUAAUAAAACUCAGGCUUGAGUAGCGAAAUUUCAUGCCGUUUACAGAUGUGUCAAUUUAAAUCGCGAAACUGUAAUAAAUCCCCGCGAAAUUAAUGUAGCAAAAACGGCGACAUAACCCCUCAAAAAAAAAGGGGGGGGGGGAAGUGUAAUUACUGUACUGAUCCUGAGGUAACAGUUGACUUUCUCUGUUGAUAUCAACAUUGUUGAUGUUUAUUUCCGUACACUAUGUUUCUAUUUACUUUAUCGAAGUACAAGAGAAUAAUUACUGGAUGACACAGUAGUACCUCUUUCAUAAAACAGAGGAGAAUAUCUCAUAACAUGUGACUUAUCUAUGUUUUCUGGAUUCUCUAAAAUCCUGUUUUCCCUUAAAUUAGUUAUACGCAGGAAACACAGACGAGGACACAGUCGUAUAUCACACCUUGGAUACACCAAUAAAGGCUCGCUACGUUCGCUUCCAACCAAAAUUUUGGAAAAAUGGGAUAUGCGUGAGAGUGGAGCUCUAUGGCAAAAUCACAACAGGUACUUCAGUUAUGUAACUGGCACUUUUUUCCUAUAAGCUAUACUUUUGGUCCCAUAUUACUUUUUGAAUCAGUAAGCUUAAAGAUGAUUUUAAUUUACUUUUGGCUCACUAUAAAACGUAAUCAAAUUAACAUCACAUAAAUAAUACUUACAGAUACUAUUUGUAAUAUCAUCACAUGUAAAUUGUGCGUUUGGGAAUUAAAUGUCUGUUCAAGACAUCUCUAAAAAGUGUAAAUUAACUUAUUAUUUGACAAUAUGAAGAACGUAAAAUUAUCGAGGAGGUAAGUGUAUCAAAUGAGACUCCGCUAGUCAAUCAGGCCACCUGAUGAUCCCCUUCCAGAGACUCUCGCGAAAACACUCAAAUCAAACCAAUGCCGCUUUCUAUUCAGUAAGACACUUCUUACUUACGUACCCUGCUCGGCGUGCGCUGAUGAGCGCAGUUUCAGCUCGAUGAAAGACUUCAUUACCUAAUACGAUGACAGAUGAGCGACUUUCGUCCUUGUCGAUUUUACAUAUACAUUAACACAAAGAUGUUUAUUUUGAUAAUGUCGCUAAAUCUGCGCAACAAAAGGGGAGGCACCAGAAAAUGGUUUGAUGCAUGGCGAAAUGACCGUAAACCUUGCUUUCUUAAUAGCCUGUGUACACUGGGCUUUUUUUAAUAUAGAUUUGUUCUUGUUUCAUGUUCAUUCAAUUGUGCCAUUUUUUCCGAUCCCAAGCUUGUGAUUCCAGUCCAUGUCUCAAUGGAGGAACCUGUUUUGAAGACGAAAGUGGAAAAGAGUACAUGUGUAAAUGCAGUAGUGGAUGGAAAGGAGACAAUUGCGAAAAAAAUAUGACAGGUAGCCAUUGAUAUUAAGAAACGUUCUUAUUAUAUAUUUGUGGCUUGUAAGAAAUCCAGAGAUAUCCACAGGCAUCACCUUAAGGUGCUCAGUUCGAAAAAUCAUCCAUGAGCGGUGAAUUCCAUAUUUUGAAAAGGCGUGAGAUAAAUGUUAUGAAUGAAAUCGCGUUGCAACCCUUAUCAUAGCUAUAUCAACUGUAAAAAUAGCCUAUUGUUUCUUGUUUAUUUAUUAAUAACUGUGUAUUAUCAAUCUUUAAAAUUUCCAAGCUUGUGAUUCCAGUCCAUGUCUCAAUGGAGGAAUCUGCCAUGAAGAGGAAAGUGGACAAGGGUACAUCUGUAAAUGCAGUUGUGGAUGGAAAGGAGACAAUUGCGAAAACAAGACUUAUACAGGUACCCCCUAAAUUUAGAAACGUUCUUCAUUAUACAUUUGUGACUUAUGUUCAUUUAACUGUGCCAUUUUUUCCCAAGCUUGUGAUUCCAGUCCAUGUCUCAAUGGAGGAACCUGUUUUGAAGACGAAAGCGGAGAAGAGUACAUCUGUAAAUGUGGUAGUGGAUGGAGAGGAAACAAUUGCGAAAAAAAUAUGACAGGUAACCACUGAUAUUAAGAAACGUUCUUAUUAUAUAUUUGUGGCUUGUAAGAAAUCCAGUGAUCUCCACAGGAAUCACCUUAAGGUGCUCAGUUCGAAAUAUCAUGCAUGAGCGGUGAAUUCCAUAGUUUGUAAAGACGUAAGAUAAAUGUUAUGAAUGAAACCGCGUUGCAACCCCUUAUAAUAGCUAUAUCAACUGUAAAAAUAGCUUAUUGUUUCUUGUUUAUUUAUUAAUAACUGUGUAUUAUCAAUCUUUAAAAUUUCCAAGCUUGUGAUUCCAGUCCAUGUCUCAAUGGAGGAAUCUGCCAUGAAGCGGAAAGUGGACAAGGGUACACCUGUAAAUGUAGUAGUGGAUGGAUAGGAGACAAUUGCCAAAAAAAGACGUAUGGAGGUACCCUCUAAAUUUAGAAACGUUCUUCACCAUACGUUUGUGGCUUGUAAGAAAUACAGAGAUCUCCACAGGCAUCACGUUAAUGUACUCAGGUCAAAAUAUCAUGCAUGAGCGGUGAAUUCUAUCAUUCUUAGGAAAGAAUCAAAAUGAAUGUUUAGGGAAGGACCAUUUAAUUUUUGAAAGGGGUGAAGGGGGGGUGUACCAGACCUCGUGUCUUCCCUCCCCCGGGUGAUCGUUUUUCUGCACAGACGACCGAAAACCGACAAUAUAACUGGGCUUGCCCCAUUGGCAGCCCAGUAAAAAGUAGCCACGCCCUGUCCUCCCCCACUAAAUUCCCCUUGCUCCGCUUGUACUUUAAAACCCUUGUUAUUCUGUUCUUACUUAGUAGUUUUAUCAGAAAGUCCUUUUAGUUUAUUCUCUCUAGAUAAGGAUUGUCCUCUCAACGUUUCUCUGCGUUCUUUAAUUAUCAUUUUUAAGCGACUACUUAAUAAUAUUUGACUGCCGAAAAAUGGCUCUUGUCCUUGCAAAAAAACGCCUUCGACAGGAAUAUAUAAUGGUGCCUAACCAGUUUGUUAUUCCACCCACAAAUUAGCCGAUUUUACGAAUACAAAAAAAUACUUGACUAAAGAUGUUCAUCAUUUGCGUUAUAACAUUGUCGAACUGACUUAAGGGGAAAAAACGGAAAUAAACACAGCGCACACCUAAUUUAACAACCGGUUGCAAAAGUGCUGAGCCAAUCUGACGAAAAAUCCGGCCUUCUUAAUUCAAAUCGCUGCUUGUCACUGACUCGUCCGGUGAGAUAUAAUACUCACCUCCCCCUUCCCCUCCAUUCAAAGUUGUUCUUCCAAAUGUUGAACAUGGUCAUGUACUACUAGCAACUUUGAUAAGGGAAGGAGGAGGGAUGACAAGCAUAAAAUCAUGGCCAGGCCAUUUAAGCAAAAAUAAGGUAUGGUAUAGCGUCUCAAAUAUCUUUGCAACUGGUUGUAGCUUUUUUUAAAACAGCUAGUAUACAAUAGACACGGCCGGUUGCACGGAAAUCAGUGACCUUGCGAUGCGUUCUCGCAGCCUUCAAUAACCCGUUCAUCGGAGUAUUACAGUACUGUUUCCCUCAUUUCGUUUAAUAGGCCAUCUUACAGUUAUGGACGGAAGCGAGGCUGGAGGUGACCUUGUUUUGAUACAAACCUCCCUGCUUUAUUAUGUAAAUCAAGUUGUUCUUAUGCUAAUUAGUAUUUUUCAAGGACAAUUUCCAUAACAAAGCAAAGGAGGUUUGUAUCACAUUCACUCGAAGGCUAGGGUACUAAGGGCGUGUUUAUAUGGAGGUGGGAGACCCCAGAUAGGUGAGGUAACAUGUGGCGGGUCACCCCACCUAUCAUGUAAACAUGGUCAAAAUAAUUAAAUAAGAGAUUAUAUCGAUAAGCGGUUACCCUACCUAAGUGGGUUAUCCCACCUUCUUGGGGUGCCGCACCUCCAUGUAAACAGGCCCUAAGUCCACAACUGUAAAAUGGUUUAUUUUUUGUAUAGAGCCUGUUUUACUCCUUUGAUCUCUUAAAAUUUGAGAACAAUGUACGUUUAAAAUAUUUUGACGCCGUUUUGGAACUUCAAAUAAUAAAACAGCCUGUCUACACUUUAAGCAUGUAUUUUUCGUGCGAUGAUCAGAUCCGAGAAACUCGCGAAGUUACGAAAAGCUUUAAACUUUGAGUCUCAAAGAGACAUCUCAGUUAACGAAAGAAUAAAUGUUGUCAAAACAUAAGCCCUUUCAAUGGUAAUUUUUAUCCGCAGUUAUAUGGAAACACCACCUAAUUUUUCUAAAGAGGACGGAAGAAAAUGGUUUUCGACCUCGAAUGGAAUCAUAAACCUGUGAAAAUUAAAAAGACCACUCAGAUAACAUUUUUUAUUUUAAGACCAAUUAAUUAAAAAUCGGUUAAUAUUACUUUAAAUAUCACAACGUUUUGAUAAUAACAUUGUCAAAUGAACCUGUAGAACUUGUUUGUGCAACGAAGACGACGAAGUUUGUUUGUAAAAUACUUUAUGGUGUUCUAAAAAUAUGUAUGAAGAAGUAAAUUAUAAAACUGUGAUAAAACUAAGAAAAAGAUGAGCCAUAGGCUAAGGGAAUUUUAUAGCUUUCAAGCUUAAGCUUGUUUUAUCAUGUUUACUGUUGUUUUACUUGUUUUUAAGAAAAGAUAACAAUCCAACUAAUCUAAAGCGCUUGUUCAUAAAUAUCUGCGUUUCAGAAUGCCUCCACUACCAAAGUUUGACCAACGGUAACAGGAAAGUGUCCCACGGUUCAUCUCCACUUCUUUGUGAUAAUACACUUCCACAUGGAUGGUAUCGUUUCCAAGGUAACGCGGGGACAAAAAUGCCUACGUCAUGCGUUUCUGACUACAGAUGUAGUACUCAUGCCACUGGCUGGCUUAACGGUGCUCAUCCGUCAGUAGAAGAAGGCAAAGUCACCAAAAGGGUCUGCUUCAGCUGGGCCUCAAACUGCUGCACGUGGUCGAUCAAUAUUGAAGUACUCAACUGCGGAGAUUUCUUCCUGUAUCACUUCCAAGGAACUCCCCCGGAACAUCCAUGUCAUCUUCGUUAUUGUGGUACAGACUGAGGGAAUCAAGGUUUUCGAAUUCCCAUUCUUCGGGACAAAAAAGUGUGUUCAAACGCCCGCCUUAAGUUCAGAAUAGACGACCAAGUAGCUUUUCAUACUAGAGGGAAUUACUUACUAUAGAAUUUAGUGAAUCUGAGAAGUAAAACUGUAUAUUUGCCUAAAGUUUUAUUCUCACAGUUUCAAUCCUUACUCCUAAUAGUAGGCUUGUUGGCUUGUUUGGUUAGUAAGUUUCCUUGUGAGUUUCUGAAGAAACUGUAGUGUUGCCUCAAUAGCAGAGGGAAAUGUAAAAAAUUGUAGUUUGCGUAUUUUGCGUUCGCUGAUAAAACGUAGCCUUUAAUUUAGUGUGCAGUAAACACUCAUCAUCAUCAAGUCUCAUCGCGCCUG